CAGCUAAACUUUUACAUGUCGAGUCUUGGUCAUGGUUCUAUGAGCAGUAUAGAGAUAGAGUGUAGAUUACGGAACAAAACCCAUGCGUGCGCAAGCGUCAACUGAUCUCGGCAUAUAUUUUACUAUAAUAAAGAAGGGUCCUAUAUUGCAUCCAGCCCAAGCGCUCAAGUGCGAGCCUGCUGAUGUCAGUCACGUGAACGGUGACGUGAUUCACAUAAGUGUCCAGCCGGUGGGAUUUGUCCAACAAGCUUUAUAUUUUUGUAUAUACAUAUUGCUAGGCCAGUUAUCGCCGGUAAUUAUAAUCGAAUGGGCGACAAAUUACCUGGGUUUAAAACCAAAAAUAAAUCUUAAUAUGGCACCACCUGUACCUUUAUGGAAAUUAGCCGCUGCCAGUGGUCCCUAUGUAAAAUUUGCAGCUAUCAGUGGUGCAGCAGCAGUCAUUCUUGGUGCGGUUGGGUCCCACAGAUAUUACUCCAAGGAUGAGGUAGGAAAGGAGCAACGUCGUAUUUUUGAAACUGCAAAUCGAUAUCAUUUUAUCCAUACAUUAGCCUUGUUGGGAUUACCUUUAUGCAAAUUUCCAACUGUGGCUGCUACAUUCGUUCUGUCCGGAAUCUUACUUUUUUGUGGUAGCUGUUAUUAUACAGCAUUUACCGGUGAUCGACGAUUUAGUACAACAACUCCAAUUGGAGGGUUCUGUUUCAUAUUAGCGUGGUGCAGUAUGUUUUUUUAAAUAUAAGGGGAUAAGUUUUCAUAUACACAAGAGUAAAACACUAUAAAUGAAACAAAAAUCCAAGAAAAAUAUGUUGCAUAAAAAUGAAUACAAUAUUUGCGAAUAUUAAUAUCAUAAGAGUUAAUAUAAAAGAAAAGGGGGAAAAACAAAAAAUUAUAAGAAUAUAAGUUAUGUAGAAUAAUUUUUUACAAUGUAAGUAUAUAUUGGUAUUGGACAUGUUUAUGAGCCAAUAAUUAUAAAUUUGUUUUAUUUUUGGAAGAUAUGUAAAAGAAAGUAAAAAAAUAUAAUUUUACCAUUA